AGUCGCAGACAGAACAGGGAUGAAGUUCUUGGUGGUAAUGUUCCUGGCAGCCUUUGCUUGCGCUUCUCCAGUUGAGAAGCGAGAGGCGGACGCCGACCCCAGUUUCCCCAUCUACGGUCAGGGUUAUGGCUACCCUGCCUAUUACCGAGGCUACGGUUACCCAUACAAUUAUGGCCUCCGCCACAAGAGGUCCGCUGAUCCCGAACCCGAAGCUGAUGCCGACCCUUCCUACUUGUACAAUCAUUACCGCCCCUACUCUGUAGGCCAUAGCUACGUUCGCCCUUACACCUACGGCCACUCCCACGUCCUCCACAAGAGGUCGGCCGAACCAGAAGCUGAGGCCUCCGUUGUUUACCCGCACACUUCCUUCUACACCCACGCCGCUCCUUUCGUCCCCUACGGCUAUCCCUAUACCUACGGCUAUGGCUACGGCGGGGGAUAUGGAUAUUAACUCUGAAGAUACUUCAUCAUUUGCUGUCGUUAUCAGUACAGAACUAGACUUCAUUCUUGCAUCAUUUGAUGCCAGGAUGUACUAUGUCCUUUCGGGCUCCUCAAACAUUCCAUCUUAAUAAAGAAUCAGAAUUUUUCCACCUUCAUUUAAAACUGGACAAUGCACAUGAUUAUUUUUCUCACAACUUUAUUCUUGGUAAAUCCCCAA